UCUGUCAACAUUUUAAUUAGAUUUGUGAACAUUUCUAUCUCCAUUUACGUAUUUUUGUAUGAAGGAAUUUAGUGCAAAAUCAUUAACAAAGGAUUGUUUUGUUUUUAUUUCAAAAAUCCGCAACUGAAAGAGAGAAACUUCUGCUUGUGUGCUGGAAACAUAAUAUUUUACUAUAACCUCAUAUCGAACAAAAUUCAACAGUUCUAGAAAUUUUCUAAAAGAUACUGAAAAAUACGAAUGCACGGAUAUACCACAAUACAGCAAAAACAACUUUCAAAAACCACAAUAAUUCGAGAAACCCCAACUUUGGAUCUGGCUAAAGAGUACGACAAAGUGAAAUGGCCAUUUAUUGCUGGGGCAAUACAACGCACGGGGAGUUGGGCUUGGGUGGCAUUGAGGAUGAACAGAUUUUAACACCUCGUAAAAUGGCAUGGAGUCCACCUAAUUCAUGUGUGGUUCAAGUAAGCUGUGGUCGCUGGCACACGUUGUUUCUGACCUCAAGUGGCAAAGUGUAUUCAUGCGGAAGCAACGAUAACGGCCAGUUGGGACACGAGCUGCCAACUAAAAGGCCACGUAUGUCCUUACCCAUAUUUAAACUGAUCGAAGAAUUGGACAAUUAUAUAAUUACAAACGUCAGCUGUGGUGCGCGUCAUUCUUUAGCCCUAAGCGAAUGGGGACAAAUUUUCAGUUGGGGUCAUAAUGACUAUGGACAGCUGGGCCUGGCCAAUGGUCAAGAUCUUGUUGCCCAACCAAAAAUUGUACGCAAUUUGGUUUCAAAAACAGUCCUACAAAUUGCUUGUGGAAACAAUCACAGUUUGGCCUUAACAAGCUGUGGGGAAUUAUAUUCAUGGGGUUCAAAUAUCUAUGGGCAAUUGGGCGUUGGCUCUCCUGGUGACGUUGUGCACUCAAAUGUACCUCGCCUUAUAACUGCUCUCAAUGGUAUUCCGAUUGCCUUUAUUGCAUGCGGAGGUAAUCAUGCUUUUGUUAUAUCCAAGUCUGGAGCUGUAUUUGGAUGGGGAAGAAAUGAUUGUGGACAACUUGGCCUCAAUGACUGUGCUAACAGAUGCUAUCCCACACAAUUGAAGACAUUACGCAGUUUAUGUGUUCGUUAUAUUACAUGUGGAGAUGAGUUUUCCGUUUUUCUUACAAAUGAUGGCGGUGUCUUUACAUGCGGCUCUGGCAGAUAUGGCCAAUUGGGACAUGGCAGCAAUGGAAAUGAGGUUUUACCUCGUAUGGUUGUGGAACUUAUGGGUAGUACUGUUACCCAAAUAGCUUGUGGCACGAGACACACGCUGGCCCUAGUACCCUCUCGUGGACGAGUAUACGGAUUUGGUUUGGGUUGUUCGGGUCAAUUGGGAAUACGUGUAAAUAAUAAUUCACCAGUGCCACAAGUUGUUUUGGGCCCUUGGGUUUCUCCCAGCGGCCAAGCAUUAAUACAAUCUGAAAUGUCGGACAAUAAUGAAAAUACUUGCUAUAUUAUAAAACAAAUAUUCUCUGGUGGCGAUCAUUCUCUAGUCACAUGUACAUCUUAUGAAGAUAAAAUUCCUGCCGUAGACUGUCGAACAUAUGAUGAAAAAACUCAGGUGCUGUCGUUGAAUGUGGAAACUACAAAAAGAUGUGCCGAAAUUGCACGUGAGGGAGCUAUUGACAUGGACCUCUUGGCGUUAGUAGAGUUGAUAUUUAAAAGCCAAGCCUGCCUAAAUGGAUCAUUUUUACUAGACGAUAAUCAACAUUUUUGCUGUACAUCCAAACAUCAUGGUGUUGACUUAAAAGCAGCUCAAAAUGCAUUUCACUAUUUAAGAAAAGUGGAAAAUGACACCUUAAAGACUUUGAUUUGGGAAGCUAUUACGAAUGAAUUGUUGAAAACACUUGUGACUUCGCCAGCCGAUGUAGAAACCUUACGCAUCUUUCUAAUAUUACCUUUGUAUCAUGAGUUUGUAAAUUCAAAGAAUUAUGACAAACUCCACACGCCAUUUAGCCAGGCUGUUAUCAAGCUAAAAGAUAUUCCACGUAAAAUUGUGGCAAAAUGGUGGUCACAAACCUCCACUGAGUGGUUUGAGCAUAUAGUUGCCUAUUACAAGGAUGUUGUUGCCUACAUCAUAAGCUUUAAAAUACCACACAACAUAAGCUCGGAAUCGGAGAAGAGACUCGUAACGUAUAAUUCAAAUCUGAUAGCUGCCUUAAACCUCAUUGUCUUUCUACAUGGUAUAAACCAUAAGGAGAGAAAAGAUAAAAUCCACUAUGAAUCAUUUCAUUGGUCUGAAUUGGCCGAUUAUGUUGAUGUACAACAAAAUUAUAUUUAUUGGUUAUUUGAUAAAACUCCGGAUGCGUUUAAUAUCUGCAAUUAUCCGAUGAUUUUUAAUGCAGCAGCAAAGACUACGCUUUUGCAGACGGAUCAAGCCAUACAAAUGCAUAAUGCCAUGAACACAAUAACAUCCAAUAGCAUACUGAGUUAUUUGACCACCGGUCAACCUAUUCAACAAUUUAUCGUUUUGAAUGUUUCUCGGGAGAAUUUGGUGCAAGAUACGUUGCGUGAAAUCGGAAAGUGCAGCCAAGGCGAUUUGAAAAAACCACUUAAGGUGAAAUUCUGUGGCGAAGAAGCUGAAGAUGCAGGUGGUGUGCGAAAGGAAUUUUUCAUGCUACUCUUAAAGGACCUUAUUGAUCCCAAAUAUGGCAUGUUCAAGGAAUACGAAGAUUCAAGAGUAGUUUGGUUUGCCGACAUGACAUUCGAGACUGAGGAAAUGUACAUUCUGAUUGGCAUCAUUUGCGGCUUGGCAAUAUAUAAUUUUACAAUUAUAAAUUUACCAUUUCCAUUGGCAUUAUACAAAAAGAUAAUGGAUGAAAAAGUUGAUCUUUGUGAUCUGCGAGAACUUUCACCAACAUUGGCUAAUUCCAUGCAACAGAUUUUAGAUUACGAUGGUGAUGAUUUUGAAGAAACAUUCGAUUUGCAUUUUGAAAUAUCCAGAGAUAUUUUCGGAGAAAGUACGAGCGAACCAUUGAAACCCAAUGGAGCGAACAUAAGUGUAACAAAAGAAAAUAGACAAGAGUUUGUAGAUUUAUAUGUGGACUUUAUAUUCAACAAGACUGUGGAUGACAAAUUUAAAGCAUUUCAAAAGGGCUUUAUGAAGGUAUGUUGGGGAAGAGUUUUGAAAAUAUUUCGCCCCGAGGAACUAAUGGCAAUGGUGGUGGGCAACGAAGAAUAUGACUGGAAAGCUUGGGAACUGAAUUGUGAUUAUAAAAAUGGUUACACAGUUAGUGAUGACACGGUAAAAUGGUUUUGGGAAACAUUUCACGAGAUGUCUUUGGAGGACAAAAAGAAAUUUCUGCUGUUUUUAACAGGCAGUGAUCGUAUACCCAUACAAGGCAUGAAAGCCAUUAAAAUGAUCAUACAGCCCACAAAUGAUGACAAAUGCUUGCCAGUGGCCCAUACCUGUUUCAAUCUUUUGGAUUUACCACGUUACAAAACAAAAGAACGCUUGAAAUACAAGUUGAUGCAGGCAAUACAACAGACUCAGGGUUUCAGUCUUGUAUAAUAUACUCAACAUCAACGUUAUAUACAAACACAAUUUUUUCCUCCCCAUAUAGUUAAGUCAGUACCGCUAUAAAGGUAGCUGGGUUGUUAAAAAUGCCUUAAGUUUUCGUUUGUCAUUUAAAAGACAAAGUUUGUUAGGUUUUUUUUUGUGUUUUUUACACUAUUAUUGCAUAUGAAUUUUUAGUUUGAGUACAUGGCGUCCUUAACCAGUUUUUGAGCGUGCAUGGUACGUUCAAGGCUUAAGGUUAUUGCCGACUUGCAAAGUUUUUUUUUGUACUAUCAAAAAGUUUUGCCUUCUCCGUUAUCACUCAAUUUUUAUAAUCUCGACAUGACUUUGAUGCGUUUGGAUGAGCUGAAUUAUGUAUUCAACUAUUCACUGGAAUCUUGUUUCGAUAUGCCUCCAUAUAAACUGAUCUCAUGAUUUUACGUUUUUUUCUAGCCUGCACAGGUUUUUUUUAGAUUUUUGGCGAAAUCAGUCUGAUGAGUUGUGUUAUGUGCUGAACUAAGCAAAAUACCAUAAUUGGCUACAAUGGUACCCAUAUAGUCCAAUUCCUCAUUUUUAACUCACAGAAGCCGUAUUUUUUUAUACCCACCACCGUAGGAUAGGGGGUAUAUUCAUUAUGUCAUUCCCUUUGCAAUCAAGGGAUUGCAAAGGGAACGACCCUACAAAGCAUAUAUAUUUCGGAUCGUCGAUUCAACGAUGUACGUGAGUCUCUCUGUCUCUCCGUCCGUCUGUUGUAAUCACUAUAGAGUCUUGAAAAAUUGAGAUAUUGAGCUGAAAUUUGGCCAAAUCGGACCAUAUUUGGAUAUAGCUGCUAUAUAAAGGGUCUAAUGCCCAUAAUUAUUAUUUUUCAUCCGAUUUUGUUGAAAUUUGAAACAGUGAGUAGUUUUAGGCCUCCCGACAACUGACCCAAAUAUGGUUCAGAUCGGACUAUAUUUAGAUAUAGCUACCAUAUAGACCGAUUUCCCUAUAAAGGGUCUGAAGAGCAUAAAAGCUUUAUUUAUUAUCCAAUUUCGCUGAAAUUUGCAACAGUGGGUUAUUUUAAGCCUCCCGACAUCUGACCUGAAUAUGGAUUAGAUCGGUCCAUAUUUAGAUAUAGCCGCCAUAUAGACCCAUCUGCCGAUAAGGGGUCGGAAGCCAAUAAAAGCUUUAUUUUUUACCCGAUUUCGCUGAAAUUGGAAACAGUGAGCAGGUUAAGACCUCUUAACAUCAGACCUAAAUAUGGUUUUGAUCGGACUAUAUUUGGACACAGCUGCCAUAUAGACCGAUCUCCCGAUAAAGGGUCUGAAGGCCAUAAAAGCUUUAUUUAUUACCCGAUUUCGCUGAAAUUUAAAACAGUGCGGACUAUAUUUAGAUAUAGCUGCCUUAUAGACCGAUCUCCCGAUAAAGGGUCUGAGGGCCAUAAAAGCUUUAUUUAUUACCCGAUUUCGCUGAAAUUUAAAACAGUGGGUUAUUUUAACCCUACUGACACCCGACCUAAAUAUGGUUCAGAGCGGACUAUAUUCAAAUAUAGCUGCCAUAUAGACCGAUCUGCCGAUAAGGGGUCUAAAGCCAAUAAAGGCUUUAUUUAUUACCCGAUUUCGAUGAAAUUUAAAACAGUGGUGGGUCAUAUAGACCGAUCUCCCAAUAAAGGGUCUGAAGGCCAUAAAAGCUUUAUUUAUUACCCGAUUUCGCUGAAAUUUAAAACAGUGGUGGGUCAUAUAGACUGAUCUCCCGAUAAAGGGUCUUAAGGCCAUAAAAGCUUUUUUUAUUACCCGAUUUCGCUGAAAUUUAAAACAGUGAGUUAUUUUUAGCCUCCUGACACCCGAUCUAAAUAUGGUUCAGAUCGGACUAUAUUCAAAUAUAGCUGCCAUAUAGACCGAUCUGUCGAAAAGGGUUCUAAAGCCAAUAAAAGCUUUUUUUAUUACCCGCUUUCACUGAAAUUUGAAACAGUAAGUUUCUCUGAGCCUCACGAUAUCCGAUCUUAAUAUGGUUCAGAUCGAUUUAUAAUUGGAUAUAUCUGCCAAAAAGACCAAUAUUUUGAUGUACAAAAUUGAAUAGACCACUAAAUGUCUGUGCCGAAUUUUGGGUGCUUAAUUUAUCCAAUUUUCUCCGGAUUGUGACGAAAUGUGGUUUACAUAUAUACUCGAGGUGGUGGGUAUCCAAAGUUCGGCCCGGCCGAACUUAAUGCCUUUUUACUUGUUUUUUGUUUGUUUUCAAUUGCACUAAUAUUAGUCCUGCUUGGUGAUAUUAUGCGUUGUGCAAACAAGGUUAGGUUAGAUUGAAGAGAUUGAGCCUCAAGCCACUAUGGAGAUACAUCUAUGCUAUUAAACGGCUCUAGAUACCGAAAAGUAACCUCAAAAAAAUCUAUGUUGAGAAUCCCGAGCUGUUUACAAUAGCACUCACAGUUCUUUAUAAUAUGCCCCUAAGAUGGUUCAAGUUUGGUAUCGUUUCGGCAGUUAUGUGCCAGAGUCUUUUAGCCCCGAAAGCUAGGCAUUGACAUUGGAAAUGUUCCAACAACUCAUAAUCUUCGCUCUUGCCCUACACACACUGUCACUUGCCGCACCUAUUGUGCAUAAGUGUGACCGUAGUUCUAUGUAUCCCGUAAUGAUACCGAAAACCAUUCAGACCUCCUUCCUACUUUCUCUUGUGCAAAUUUACCAUUUUCUCUGCGUAAAGAUAACUAAAAUAGGACAGAGUCUGCCCGUUGUUCUUUCACAUUGCAACUUUUCCAAGACCCGGUUAUUUAAAGGGGUCAAUUUUUACAAAUUUAGAAAUUUUUCUAAGUUUCAUUCAAUAUCAAUGUUUUGAGCGUUCAGCUAUUAAUUAAAUUGUAAAAACAUAUACAACUUAAUACAGAAAUGGAAAUUUCAAUAUCGAAUUUGAAAAUUAUACUACUUGCCAUCGUUUUUUGAACCACACAUACUUUAAUGCUUGAAAGUAGCAUAAUAGUGCUAGGAUAUGAUAGUAGCAAAAGAGAUUUCUUUGCCAUACAUUCGUGCUGAGUAUUUGCACAGGUAAGGACGAAGAAAGAGUAAUAAACAGAAAACAAAUAAUAACUAUAAAAAAAGAAAUGUAAAAUUUUAAUUUAUUGCAUUCUCCAAGUGUGUGGGCAGUUUAACUAUGUUUAUACUUUUUUCUAUUUAUAAGUAAUUUAUUUAGAUUAUAUAGCUUGCAAAACUAUAAUCUUUGUGUUAGUUCAAUCGGAGAUGCCUUGAAAACAAAUAAACGAAAUGAAGUUGUUGAUUGUACUCAAGAUUAGUCAGACUGAUACUAAAUUAAAUACAACAAUAAGUAAAUCUAAACACA